ACUCAUCCCUGCUCAAGUGAUGGAUGACGUAGAAGUCAAGCGACGUACACACGUGUCGAAGCCUGGUGGAAGCACUAGAGACAAGAAAUGGCUACCGACAGGUUGCAGUUCCAUGAAAUGGGCAUAGAUGAUCGCAUUUUAAAGGCGCUGGCGGACUUGGGCUGGGCUCAGCCCACUUUGAUCCAGGAGAAAGCCAUUCCACUGGCACUGGAGGGCAAGGACAUUCUAGCCCGGGCCAGGACUGGCUCAGGAAAAACAGCUGCUUACGCUGUGCCCGUCAUCCAGCGUAUCUUGACAUCCAAACAAAAUGUCCGUGAGCAGGCAGUGAGAGUGUUGAUCCUGGUUCCUACCAAGGAGCUGGGGCAGCAGGUACAGGCCAUGAUCCGCCAGCUGACUGCCUACUGUGCCAGAGACGUGAGGGUGGCAGACAUCUCCGGCAAGGCUGACCUGUCUGCCCAGAGGCCCAUCCUGAUGGAAAAGCCAGAUGUGGUAGUGGGGACCCCCUCUAGGGUUCUGGCCCACCUCAGUGCUCAGAGCCUGGACCUGCAGGCCUCGCUGGAGACCCUGGUCAUAGAUGAGGCUGACCUGCUCUUCUCCUUCGGCUUCGAGGCCGACCUCAAGAGCCUGCUAUGCCACCUGCCAAAGAUCUACCAGUCCUUCCUAAUGUCAGCUACUCUCAGUGAGGAUGUCCAGGCCCUGAAGGAACUGCUGCUGCACAAUCCUGUGAUUUUAAAGCUGCAGGGCUCCCAGCUGCCAGACAGCUCCCAGCUGCAGCAAUACAGUGUUCAGUGUGAGGAAGAGGACAAGUUCCUGCUCAUCUACACCCUGUUGAAACUGCACCUGGUUCAGGGCAAGACCCUGGUGUUUGUUGGGGCAGUGGAGAGGUGCUACAGACUCAAACUGUUUCUGGAACAGUUCAGCAUCCCCACCUGUGUACUCAACUCUGAGCUGCCUGUCCACUCCAGGUGUCACAUCAUAACCCAGUUUAACCAGGGGUUCUAUGAUUACAUCAUCGCCACGGACGAGCAGGUAUUGGCUGAUCCCACCACCACCACAGCGCAGGCUGCCGAGGGGAAAGGGAAGAAGAAGAAGAAUGCGGGGAGAGCCAAGGACAAGGAGUACGGUGUCUCCAGAGGAAUCGACUUCCAGAAUGUCUCCAACGUCAUCAACUUUGACUUUCCCGCCACCGUGGAGUCCUAUAUCCACCGUGUUGGACGAACGGCACGAGCAGACAACCCAGGCACCGCUCUCACCUUCAUCUCACACACAGAGCUCCCCCUGCUGGCAGAGGUGGAGGACGCACUCAUUGGCGAUAACACCGAGUGUGCUCUGAAGCCGUACGGGUUUAAAAUGGAGGAGAUUGAGGGCUUCAGAUACCGCUGCCGGGAUGCCAUGAGGUCAGUAACUAAGCAGGCGGUGAGGGAGGCCAGACUGAAAGAGAUCAAACAGGAGCUGCUCAACUCAGAGAAACUCAAGACGUACUUUGAGGACAACCCCCGAGACCUGCAGCUGCUGAGGCACGAUAAAGACCUGCACCCUGCUGUCAUCAAGCCACACCUGAAGAACGUACCAGAAUACCUCAUCCCUCCGACGCUGAGGGGAGUGGCCAACCCAAUGUCCGGCAGGAAGAGGAGGAGGAGAGAGAAGCCCAAACCUGACGGGGUCGUCAAGACAACCUUUAAGAAGGACUUCCGAGGCAAGAACCCCUUGAAGAGUUUCCACUACACCGGGGGGAGGAGCCGAGGGGGCAAGGCUGGCAAAUCCUAGGCCUCCAUGUCAACGUGCACCAAUCAGACUUGCUGUGCACAGCUGGCCUAUGACAUCACCAGUUUCCAGAUCAGUUCGGGUGGAGAGGAGACAAACUGAGGAAGCCAUUGUAGACUACUGAGACUACCGAGUGUCCAACAUCAGGGUGGUAUUCACUAGACCCCAAACGGAAGAAAACCGACUGAAACAAGGCGGGACUGCCUGAACUUUUCCAAUAAGAAACGCUUAUUUGAGUUUUGCUACGUGUUGAAACGGUGUGCACUAAUGAAUACCGCCCAGGUUUGAGGAACCUACCAGCAGCACCGUUACUCCUCUGUCAGUGAACCAACAUCCUCGUUUCCAUUGUCUGGUUAGAAAACCUUCUGUGAACUCAACAGAAUGUCCCUUCCCUCAACACAACAAGGUGUUUUUUCACAGUAAUGUAACAAUGACUGCAUUACUCUGAACUUCCACUGAAGCAAAUUACCUUCACUAGUGUUCAAAAUCCUAAUUUGAAGAAUGAAAAUUGCCAUUUCGUUUCAGUAAGUAACUUUCUAUUGUUGAAUUGGGAUCUCAAUUUACUUCCGUAACUGAAAUGCAACACCUGUUUUACGACACACACGAUGUACCUUGAAAUGUCCGUGUGAUUUCAGAUGGUUACAUGUGGGUAUUGUUUCUUUGUAACACACUUUUCUGAAUUAUUAUAACAUUUUAUUAAAUGGGUUUGUGCUCUUUAA